GUCUAUAAAGUAAUGCUUGAAGUGAUAUUCAAACUAAUACCAACUGUGCUAAUUGCCGGCUUGAAUAUGCGUAUUAUGUUGGUUUAUCGAAAGACUUGUCAACGUAGGCGUGAAAUGCUUAUAUCGCGCUCUCACUGCAUGCGAGAUGAGGAUCCAAGAAAAUUCGCCGAGGAACGACGACUAUUCUUGUUGCUAGGCAGCACAUCGAUAUUGUUCCUUGUUUGUGUUUCUCCAAUGGCUAUUGUACAUAUGACUAUUGCCUCUGAAGUGCUGCCGAGCUUUUCUUUUCAGAUAUCCAACGCCAGAGCAACACCGUUAAUAAAUUUUGACAAAAUAGCUCUGCGUAACCAUCAUAUAACGACAACGUCUGGAGUUUGUACCGGUAUGGGACGUUCGAGUAGCAUUUGA